CGAUUGAUAUCCAAGAAUGUCUGGAAGAGCGCCUGGUGCAAUAAAGAAGGUCAAGGCCAAGCCCAUCUCCAGGUCCCAGAGGGCGGGUGUGCUAUUCCCAGUGAGCAGAUUCAGAAGAUAUCUUAAAGACCUGCUGAAGAAGUUCAGAAUAGGAGUGGGAGCCAGUGUUUAUCUAGCAGCUGUUAUUGAAUACCUAACAGCCGAAGUGUUGGAGUUGGCUGGCAAUGCUUCCAGAGACAAUAAGCGCAAACGAGUGAUUCCCAGGCACAUCCUGCUUGCCAUAGCCAAUGACGAAGAGCUACACGAGCUUUUGAAACAUGUCACAAUCCCCCAGGCAGGAGUCCUGCCACGAAUCCACCCGGAGCUCCUGCAGAAGAAGAAAGGGUCCAGCUCCUCUUCCAAACCAGCAGCUGACACUAGUAGUGCCAAGAUCAAUGGAGUAGCAUCAGCUUCUAAAUCAGGGCCAAAAACGGCAGCCAGUAAGCAAAAGGCGGCCGAGAAGGUCUAUGAUAUUGCAAAUGUGGACAAGGCCGCACCCAAAUCACCAGGACCCAAAACACCGACCGGAGCAGCUAAAGCUGACAAACUAUCCGUAGUGUUUACGAAGAAAUGCUUCAACGGUCAAGACGUCGAGAUCUGUCUGGGCAACAUAGCCAAGAUCACCUCGGACGCCAUAGUGAACCCGACGAAUGCCAAACUGAAGUUGGUUGGUGACAUAGGCACCACUCUGCAGAAGGCCACUGGGAAGUUGUUGGAGGAUGACCUGAAUGAUCUCUACGACCAGACUGGAGAGUUGCAGAUGAUGUCGGCCAUCAUCACCCCAUCCCACGGACUGCCUUGCAAAAACAUUAUCCAUUGCAAUCCUCCGGAGGGUACGGAGAAGAACGCAGAGACGUCUUUGGUGAAUGCAAUCAAAAACUGCCUCAAACUAGCCGACAACAACAACUGCUCCUCCAUCGCACUACCCCCUAUCAUUGACAGCUCCGUAGCACCCAAAAUCAAGCUUCCCGAAGUGACUCUCAGGGCAAUCAACCAGUACUUCACAGCACAGAAUGGAUCCAAGAUCAAGAAACUCGAGAUGGUUUUCAGAAAUCUCACUGUGGCUAAACAAUUCGCAGCUGUACUCCAGCAGAUGUAGAUUCACAACUUCGACAGGGAUGACUGUAAUUUCCCAUAUUACACUUGCUCCAAGUAAUCGGAACUCAAGGCCCCAAAUAGAACCAAUAAAAAAGAAGUUAUCGACAGUCGCUUCAAGAAAAAAGGCCUGGAAAAACUUGUUUCUGCAGACUGUGAAAUAUCCCUAGUCCUCUUCAUUGGAAAAGUGAGUUCAAAGAACUUAAUUUUUUUACUGAUAUUUGGUUUUAAAGUUUGUUUCUGUUUGUCACUGUGUUCAAUCGAUUGUAGAGUAGAUCUCAUUUAAUUACUCAAAUAUUGUUCGAAGUAUGAAAAAUAUACUAUUUUUGAUUCAAAGACGAAAUGAAAUCAACGAUAUAAUCGCCAGUUUUCUAGCUCAGCGCUUUACUAGCUAUAUUUUGCUUUCAUUGGCCUAAUAUCUCGUUUCACGUAUUCUUUGAUAUCGUCUACCCAAUUAAUUUUUUCAGUCCAUCUCUUGUUUGGUUAGUGCAGUUUGUUGUUAUUUUCUCUAUCCACAUAUUUUGCAAUUUCAGUAAAUUCCUAGAGUUGCUUUCUUCUUGAAAUUGACUGAGUUUUAGUUUGAAAGUAUCUUUUUUACUUCUUAUUCAGUAUUAUAUGAUUUAUAUUGUUUUUUGAUUUGAUUUCUGUUUUGAUACUUAUCGAUAGUAUUUCUCUUCAUUUUGUCAAAAACUUCAGUAGAUAUAUCAAAUGUCUUUGUGAUUUUCUAAUGUAUUAAAUGCGUUAAAUUCCUUGUUUCCUAACUGCUUAAUUGAAGGCAACUUUCUUCUUGAAAAUGAUUACCAGCAAUUGUUUAAGAAGAAGCGAAUAUUCAUUUUGAAAUGCAUGUCGAAGAAUUUAACCAUAU